GAGAUUUGAGUUUCACCGAUGAUGCUCACAUUAACGAGAUGUACAAUGGACCCGCCCGCAAUCUCGUAGGAAACCUUGCUCAAGUUGCCGCUGCUUCCGCACUCUGCCGCCAGGGCGCAGCACGGUCGUCGCUCGCUCCUCAGUCGCCGCUCGCCAGCCGGUCGCGUCGCGUCGCGUUGCAAGUUGAGUGGUGUAGCGUUGUCCAGAGCGUCUAACCUGUUGUUGUGCUGAUUGUGUGCCGUUUUCUUCGCGAUUUCGAGUUUCUCAGAAGUGUCCGAGUUUCUCUGAAGUCCGUCUCUGCGUGCGUGUCGUCUUGUUAGAGGAAGUACGAGUCCCUCGGUGUCUACUAUGCCCGUUCAGUGUGCUGUCUGCACAGCGAAGGUGCGAAGUAAAAGCGCACUAGCUGUCCACAUGGCGAAACACAAAGGCGAAACUUCUUUCGAGUGUACCGUCUGCAACAAGAAGUUUGCCCGGAAAGGUAAUAUGCGUACUCAUCUUCGAACCCACACUAGGGAAGAACCUUUCGAGUGUACCAUCUGCAACAAGAAGUUUUCCCAGAGUGGUCAUAUGCGUACUCAUCUUCGAACCCACACUGGGGAAAAACCUUUCGAAUGUAGCAUCUGCAACAAGAAGUUUGCCCAGAAUAGUCAUUUGCGUUACCAUCUAAGAACCCACACUGGGGAAAAACCUUUCGAGUGUACCGUCUGCAACAGGAAGUUUGGGCGGAGUAGUGAACUGCGUUCUCAUCUUCGAACCCACACCGGCGAAAAACCUUUCGAGUGUAGCAUCUGCAACAGGAAGUUUGCCCAGAGUGGUGACCUGCGCUCUCAUCUUCGAAUCCACACUGGGGAAAAACCUUUCGAGUGUGCCGUCUGCAACAAGAAGUUUGCCCAUAAUAGUACGCUAAUACACCAUCUCCGAACCCACACUGGAGAAACACCUUUUGAGUGCACCAUCUGCAACAGAAAGUUUCUUCAAGUUUGUAAUCUGCGUACUCACCUCCGUACUCACACAGGAGAAACUCCUUUCGAGUGUACCAUCUGCAAUAGGAAGUUUGCCCAGAUUAGUCAUCUGCGUACCCAUCUUCGAACCCACACUGGGGAAAAAUCUUUCGAGUGUACAGUCUGCAACAAGAAGUUUGGCCAGACUGCUGAGCUGCGUAGACACCUCCGAACCCACACUCGUGAAACACCUUACGAGUGUACUGUCUGCAACAAAAAGUUUGCCGAAAGUAGUAAUCUGCGUAGACACCUCCGAAUCCACACCCGAUGAAACACCUUUCGAGUUUGCUGUCUGCAACAAAAAGUUUGCCCUGAGCUCUUAUCUGCGUUGUCAUCUUCGAACCCACUCUGGGGAAAAACCUUUCGAGUGUACCGUCUGCAACAGGAAGUUUAACCAGAGUAGCGAGAUGUGUAGACAUCUCAAAACCCACUUAAAGGAAACUUCUUUUGAUUGUACCGUGUGAAAGAUUAAGAUGUUUACUACGGGUUGAGCCUGUGUCGUCACCUCAGGGCUCAGACGUUAUGUUAAUAUAAUUAUAGUACUGUGAAUUUUUGGAAAAUGUGUUUUUGUUUGCUGUUUCUGUAAUUGAAUUGCUGUUAUUGUAUUGUCAGCUGCUCAGUUUUUCUAUAUAGUUUUUUUCGUUACGCGUCUUUGCUGUUCCGGAAGAGUUGUUUGUAGAUGUAAUGUUGUAUGGCUCGGCUCAGCCAUUUUUAUUUUUCAUAAUAAAAAAAUAAUGUUUGAUACUUGCGUGUUUCUAACGCAAGUGGCAAGUGUAACGUUUCAGUUCAAAUUA